UUAAUUAAGGAUCAGGUAAAGAUGUGGAAGUGUGUAGUGUUCCUGGUCUGUUUGGUAUUGAGCUUGGUGCUCGCCGAUGAGGAGUGGCGCCUCGUGAAUAUCACUCAGGGUCCUAUCCGCGGCCGCCUCGAAGACGGCGUUUACUCCUUCUAUAACAUUCCUUAUGCUUCUGCACCCACAGGAACAGAUCGAUUCAAGGCUCCUCUUGCCCCACCAGUAUGGUUGACUCCUUUUGAUGCUGUAGAUCGCAGAAUCGCAUGCCCACAGAUUUGGGUGGGUUCUGGUGAAGUGAAUAUUCAUGAAAAUUGUUUGGUGGCGAACGUAUUUGUCCCUGAUACGGAGGAUACUAAUCUACCCGUACUAGUUAACGUUCACGGCGGAGGGUACGUACUCGGUUACGGACAACAAUCACAGUUUAAGGACCUAGUGAGAAGCAGGAAAAUUAUUGUACUCACUUUUAACUAUAGAUUAGGAGUCCACGGCUUUCUGUGUCUUGGCACUGAAGGUGCUCCUGGUAAUGCGGGUCUAAAAGACCAGCUAGCAUUCCUUCGUUGGGUUAAAGCCAAUAUUGCCAGCUUUGGAGGUAACCCUGAUGAUGUAACACUUUCCGCUUGCAGUGCAGGAUCUGGCUCGAUAGACUUCUUAAGUCUUUCCAAUCUCACUAAAGGACUGUAUACGAAAACUAUACAGGAGAGUGGUGCCAGUAUAGGUGGUGUUGGAGCACAAGUAGAUCCUAUUGAGCACGCAAAGAGUUAUGCAAGACUCCUGAACUUCCACAAUGUUGAUGAUUUGAACAGCUUGGAAGAGUUCUAUAGAACGGCUCCCUUUGAGCUUCUAGUUUCAGGUGUGGAUGAAAUACUAAACACUAAGAAUGUUAAUAUUCUUUUCGGUCCUUGCGUGGAACGCGACAUUGGGCAAGAGCAUAUAGUUACUGAAGCUCCGAUGAAUAUUAUAAGACAAGGUAACUAUACUAAAGUGCCUAGGAUAUAUGGCUUCACUAACAUGGAUGGAGCUUUCCGACUUCCACAAUUUGAUACCUGGAAGGACGGUAUGAACGAGAGAUUCUCAGACUUUUUACCAGCUGAGUUACAAUUUGAGAGUGAAGAAGUUAAAGAGCAAGUUGCUCAGGAAGUCAAAGAGUUUUAUUUUAACAGUAGCCCUGUUAGUGAGGACAACAUUUUGUCUUAUAUUGCUUAUUUCACCGAUGUGAUAUUUGCUGUUCCAAUAUUGAAAUCUGUAUCAUCGCGUAUAGAGGCUCUUGGUGACACGAUAUAUCUGUUUGAGUACUCGUUUGUGGAUGAACAUACUCCGAGUUUCCCCCACACAGACGUACGUGGUGCUGAUCAUUGUUUCCAAGAAAUAGCUGUCACCGAUGAAGACGUGUCUGGUAGAACAGAGGAAUAUAAACAAAUGAAGGAAAUUAUGAGAGACUACUGGACGAAUUUUAUAUUGACUGAUUCUCCUUCGAGUUUCAACUCUCCUCUGCCGCACUGGCCACCAGCGAAUGCACAGCGUGCUCCUCACAUGGCAUUGGGCAACCGUAUUGAACUCAGAAACGACAUUAUUCGGGACAGAAUAGCUUUCUGGGAUACAAUUUACGAUAAAUAUUAUCGCGGACCAGUGGUUUACCCCUCUACCUCUUAAACAGAUCAAAAUCUCACAGAUAUUGCUUGUCAAAGUAUAGGUACGUUAUAUUUUGACUAGCUAGAUCUGUAGGAUGAAAAUUUAAUGUGUCUUUUGUAA